CUCGAGCCACGCAAAGAGUUGCGCGUUGCUCUUUUGACAAGCAUCCACUUUGAUCCUGAACAUUGCCCACCUUCACCAGCACUCAUUACCUCUGCCCCUCCAGAAUCGCAGCUACACCGUCUUGGAUCGCUGUCAUUUGACGUUGAAGCGCAAUGUCGCUGCUACUUGCUCCAUACAACAAUGCCAUGCGCAUUGGACAAGGUUUCAAUUCGUACACACAGCAGAUAUGCAUCGACGAUGCCGUAGUAGUGGAUCCUAAGCGACCGGAGAAUGUCAUCAACAAUGCGGGCGUGACGAUGAAGAUGCUCGCAGAGCAUAGCAAGAGCACCAGCGCCCUGCCGCGCUUGCGAGGUCUUAUGGAUGGAGGCGCCUCUCAGCUUCCCACGCCCAAGAACGAUGUCAGCCAGCCACUGCCAACACAUCCCCAGAACGCUGCCAAGAAGAAGGUCAUUGGGCCUACUCCGCCACCCGCUUUUCGAAAGUCCAGAGCCGAGCCCGAACCAGCCGGCAAAAGCGGCACAGAUGCCGCCAAGAAGAAUGCGGAAGCGAUGAGCCACGAGGAGAUCAAAUCGACGCUUGACGAGAUCCACGCGAACAACGAUGCCAAAGUUGCCGCUGGGACGAUGGGCGUGAAAAUGCAAGAUGGCGAGAAAGAGCUGCCCUGGACGCCUGAGCAGGCUCGCGGUGCAGCUCAAAAUGUGGAAUAUCAAGCCAAGUUUGUGAACAAGUUAAGUGAGAUUACCGACGACAUGUCGAUCUCAGGCUCCUUGUCCAUCCGCUACAACGCCAUCGGAGGGUCAGGCUCGGGCUCCUUUUUCGACGCCGAGACUUUUUACGAUUCUGACCUGGUGUACUACGUCUCUUGUCGCGUCACCAACUCGACUCUGGCCUACAAAGACUGCCUGUCUUUCAAUCCUUUGCGCUCUUGCAUGACCAACGAAAAGCUUUUCAACGAGGUCUUCGGAGACUCGUUCAUUUCCGGCUUCCUCGAGGGUGGCGAGUUCAAUGCAGUCAUUUGCAUGAAGGUACAUAACAAAGCGAAGAAACGGGACAUCAAGGCUGAAGCCAAAGUGGCCUUGACUGCUGGCCCUGUCGAGGUGUCCGCGCAAGGCAAUGUCAAGCUGGCUGAAGAAAACGUGACCAACAACGUCUCCACCACGAUAUUUGUCCGUUGGUGCGGAGGAGGUAACGUCAAGGCAUAUGACGAUGAAUGGACGGUGGAGUCUGUCCUGGCGACUGCCGCCAGAUUUCCUGCACUGGUGGGCUUGUAUCCCCAGCGCACGUACGCCAUCUUGACAAAGUACGAAUUGUUGAGAUCGUACAAGGAACUCAAGCCUCGUGCUUUGAGCCCUCUCCAGUACGAACUCGCGCAUCUUUACACCAACAUGCUAGCUGACGCAUACAUGGAGUAUAAAUCGCUCGCCAAGCGCAUCACUGGCGACUUGGCCGACGUGCAAGCUGGCUUAAAGGUCAUCGUGGAGACAGACGUCAACACACGUGCCCCGCUGUCCUCAUCACUGAAGCGAGCUGGUCUGACGUACUUCCCUGCUACUCUCAGCGGGCUAGACAGCGCUCGUGCCGGAAUAAGGAAGCAGAUGAACGCGAUCUCGCAAGAGGUCGAGGCGCUGGUCGUUCAGCCUCAACUAGCAGUCGAUCCUAAGCAUCAGCAGCCUUUUGUUGGGCCCGCAUCAUUUGCGAGCCUGGUUCCUGACGUCGACGUGAAGGAUGGUCGUCGACGCAAGACUGCGGCUCCUCUCGACUUGCCGCGCAUCAACAACGUCCAAGAUGUGACCAGCGCUCCUUCUGCUGAGGCCGAGCAAGCCGUCGGGGAGGAUUCGCUGUGCCGCUCAAGCAAGAAUAGUCGCUUCGGUGCUUUGAGUCACGAAGAGCAACUGAAGCUGCAAGAGCUGGAGUAUGCUAUCGAAGGCAUUGCCCAACAAUAUCAGUGUGAUGUGCCAAUUGGCGAUCCCAGUGCUGGUCAGCUCUUCACAACUCUCGACUUUGCCCAAGCGGAGACGACCGUGACUGAUGUGUGGGCUAUAGCUGACGAUAAAGACAGAUUGGCAUCGCUAGUCAUAGCUUUCGACAACGGUCUCACCUGCACCUACGGCAAAGAAGCUACCUCGGCACAAGUAUCUCGUUGCCCCGAGUCCCACUGCAUCCGUUCUAUUGAUGCGCAAAAGCAGACGGUCGGCUCGAUCAAUGUCCAGUCUCUCGAAACACCCAGCGAUGGCAGCUCACAGAUCGUUGGCAUCGAGAUACUGGUCUCGGACGACAAGAAACUCAGCCUGCUGGCCCCGUCUUCCAUUCUUCUCGAUGGACAAAAGCUAACUUCAUACGAGUAUAGGACUCUCUUCCGUGGAGGUGCUCUAGCAGGCUUUUGGGGAAGAUGCGAUGAAUCUAACGGAUUGCAUCGCCUCGCACCAAUUUGGAGCAGAGCCGUCCAGCGGAAUGUCAGUGGAGACAAGAAAGCGGGUCCGCAGUCUGAUCGUAUGCUCGGUACUUCCAAGUCUGAAUGGGUGAACAGCAAAACGCCUCGCAAGAUCAAGUAUCCCAUUGGGCAGCUGCUCGGUGUACCACAACAGCUCAUACAUGGCCCACACUAUCUCAAGUCUUCCGAGAAGGCCAAGACCGACUUGAAGGGACUCGUGAUGGGUGGCGAGAUUGACCAAGUGGAUCGGCUAGGCUUCAGGCUUGGUACCAUGACCCGCGUGGAGCAGGAUGCCCUCUUCGUCAACUGGAUGGUCCCGCCCGAAAUUGAGACGGUCGACGUCCACUGUGGCUCGAUCACUACGCAGCCCAGCGCAGAGCCGAUCAGAUUCCCCAAAGCUUACGGGAAAGAUGUCAAGCCAGAUGUGAGGUGUUGGUUCAGCAGCAUUUCUGCCGAGGUCAAUCCCGACCAAUCGCCCCCCGGAAAAGAACUUUAUGUUCGGGCCUCCAUCGUCAAGGACUCGGUCACCAGCGAAAGCUUCCGCGUGGUUCUCGAGCCGUCGGAUGGAACAGUCAUCUUCCGCAAAGUGGUCAUUGGCUGGCUGGCACAUACGCACUCGACAGACAAGGCCAACGCAAGCAUUGUCAGCGGCGAAGAGCGCUUCGAAGAUUUCAGCAGCUCUCGCUGCAUUCGAAAACUGGAGCCUAGUCUGGAGAGCAAGCCCACGGUCAACUUUGUGGGCGUCAAUGAGCUGCGCACGUUGCCCGAUAGACCCAUCAGCUUCACUUCUGCUUUCCUACCUGGCACGUCCAACACAGAGCUCCAACUCGAGUACGGAAAUUUAGGCUCAGGCGUCAAGGCUCUUGGGCUUACCUGGAUUCUGGCCAUUUGAUGUACUCAGUUUGCAUGUGACACGUACACCCAAUUCA